AUGGGGGGCAAGAUGUAUCCCUGGAAUUCGGCACGGGUCAUCGUUCCGCUGGUCCUUGGGUUCUGUGGUCUAGUAGGAUUCGGAGUCUAUGAACAUUUCUGUCCCUACCCGUUGAUACCAUUACGACUGCUUCGCAAUCCCUCUGCCGUCUCUCUGCAGAUCCAGAGCUUCAUUCAGAGCAUGCUUAUUAUGUGGAUCAAUUACUUCUUGACUGUAUAUUUCCAAGCGGUAUUGGGGGUGUCUCCACAGCAGGCCGGAUUCGACCUUAUGCCGACAAUUGUGGCCAUGGUUGUCUUCUCUAUCGUAGGCGGGGUGGCUAUGUCUAAGCUCCCCCACUCAUGGGCUGUCCUGAAUAACCUACUCGCCUUUGCGAUGAUGUCAAUUGGUCUGGGAUGCUUCACUAUUCUCACGGCCUCCUCCUUGACCGCCGUGCACGUCGUGCUGCAGAUAAUCGUGGCCGGAGGCAACGGGCUGCUCUUGGCUACUCUGCUCCCCAAUGUCCAGGGUCAGUUUAACCCGGAAGACAUGACGGCCGUUACAGCCCUCUUCAAUUUUCUGCGCAGUUUUGCUCUAGUAUGGGGCAUGACCAUUCCGUCCAUUAUCUUCGACCAGAGCGUGAAUCGUAAUCUGGGCCGGGUGCCACAGGAGCUGCGCCCCUUGCUGGAAGGGGGAGGUGCCUACGUUCGAGCCAGCAAUGAAUUCAUGCAGUCCAUCCACGGAACAACCAAGGAACAGACUUUGGGCCUGUAUGAACUGGCUCUACGCGACACAUGGUGGGGAGCGAUGGCCUUUGCCCUGCUGGGAUUCCUGCUGGUAGCCCUACAGAGGCCCGGGAAACCUAGUACUUCAUCUUUAGAAGAUACUCAACAAAGUGAAGGCGAAAAGGAAAGGGCUGGGUCAUAG